AUGACCACCCCAAAACUCAUCCACACCCACCCCCUCCAACCCACCACCACCACCAGCAGCAAUUCCAACACAAACCCCCCCCUAACCAUCGACCUCCUCCUCAAAACCCUCACCCGCACCAUCCUCCACCCCAUCCCCUCAUACAUUCUCCUCCUAUGCCUCCGCGCCCAAGCAACCCCCUACACUUCCCUCCCCUUCAUCAUCGCCAUCGUCUACUCCGCCCUCCUCACCCUCAUCUACAUCCUCAGCACACUCAACCACCAAUUAGCUUACGGGGCCCCGCGCACCGUCGAUCUCUCCAAUGAAGUGGUGGUCGUGACGGGCGGAGCGAGCGGGUUGGGUUUACUCAUUGCGAGGAUAUAUGCGCUGCGUGGCGCCUCCGUAGCGGUUUUGGAUCUUCGGGGGAUAUCGGAUGAUGAGGUGGAAGAGAUGGGGUUGGGGGGGUGUUAUGUUUGUGAUGUUUCCGAUAGGGGGGCUUUGGAGGAGGUGGUGGGGAGGGUUGCGGAGGAGUUGGGCACUCCUACCAUUUUGAUCCAUUGCGCAGCUGCAAGAAUCAACGGUCUCCCCUUGCAACAACUCUCUCCCGAGGCUUUCCAGAAGACUAUCAACACCAAUCUACUCGCCGCCGUUCAUGCCUAUCAGGUUUUCUUGCCGUAUAUGCUGGCUGCGCCGGACGGUGGGACCAUUGUUACGGUGAGUUCGGUGCUCGGGCAGCUGUGUGCGGCUGGCUUGGCGGAUUACUCGGCUAGUAAAGCUGGGUUGAGCGCGUUGCAUCGCUCGCUUGAGGCCGAACUUCGACAAUCCGGGGACGAUGCAAAAGUCAAAAUGGUUUUGGUGGAGCCGGGCCAGAUCUCAACGCCGCUGUUUGAAUCCGUCCAGACGCCCAACCGGUUCUUUGCCCCCGUAUUGGAGCCAGUUCAGGUCGCGCAGGCUAUUGUCUCGGCUGUCGACAGCGGCAGGGGUGGCGUGAUAAGGUUGCCUGCGUUUGCCAUGCUGGUGAACUGGUAUGCGGUGUUGCCGGCGAGCGUGCAGCGGUUGGCGCGGUACCUGAGCGGGAUUGAUGGCGCGGUAGCACAGGCGUCGUCCAAACCCGGCACGGCUGAUUCGUCCAGCCAGCAGUUGCAGACUGAGUUGGAUCACGUGAAAGAGGACUGA